AUGAAGACUGUAGAGUCGGACUCGGGCGCAUACAUUUGCUCCACUGGACACCCGGAUGACUAUGACACAGAAAGUGUCGAUUCAGCACCGGUGCAUCUAACAGUGACAUCAAGCAAACCUAGCGGGCCGCUAUUGGUGUCUGAAGAGGAGACUGUGAACGAAGGAGAUUAUGCACGUUUGCGGUGCUAUUCACCAGGAGUUGACGAUUCGGAAUUGCACUGGCGUCGUGAGGAUGGUCGUGAGAUGUCCGAGGGAACUACCGAUGAACAUGGUAUUCUGACCAUCGCCCAAGCGAGUCCAUCCGAUGCUGGGGUUUACUUGUGCUCAAUGAGAGAUCCGUCAGGAUACGAAGUUGACUCACUGCCGGCACGUAUCACUGUUAACAGCGUUGCCCGUAUGUCCUCUCAUCCUUAA